GACAUGGAACUUAUACGUAGAGAGGGAGAGAGCCAAUCGUACCCCCAAUAAAGACCGCUCCUUUCUCCAUAAUUCGAGGAAAAUUCACACCCAUCCACCUGACUGUGAUAAAUCAGCAAUGGAGAGGGGGUGUGAAAGCCCUCUUCUGGUGAAGAGAGAGGAAGAGGAGGAGAGAGAGAAGGGAGUUGGAGAGAGGUUUUGGGAUGAGUCUAAGAAGUUAUGGAGGGUGUCUGCUCCUGCCAUAUUCACCAGGGCCUCAACCUUUGGGGUUUCCAUGGUAAGUCAGGCUUAUAUCGGCCACAUCGGAGGCGCCGCGUAUCUCGCCGCCUACUCCCUCACCUUCACCGUCCUCAUCCGCUUCUGCAACGCCGCCAUGUUGGGCAUGGCAAGCGGGCUAGAGACACUAUGCGGGCAAUGCUAUGGCGCAAAGCAGUACCACAUGCUCGGCAUUUACCUGCAAAGAUCAUGGGUAGUUCUCAUGGGAGUAUCCCUCUUCCUCCUCCCCCUCUACCUCUUUACAACACCCAUUUUAGAAGCAAUUGGGCAAACAUCUGAGAUAGCGGAGGUGGCCGGGUCCGUCGCCCUAUGGUUCCUUCCCAUCCAUUUCUCCUAUCUUCUCUCUUUCACUUGCCAAAUGUACCUACAAGCACAGUCCAACAAUAAGGUCAUCGUGUGGUUUGCGGCUGCAGCCAUCGUGGUGCACAUCGUCAUGUGUUGGGUUCUUGGAAAUGGGCUCGGGUACGGUGUCACGGGUGUCUUGUCAUCGAAUAUCGUUGCUUAUUGGAUUCCAGUGAUUGGUCAGCUGAUCUACAUAUUUGGUGGGUGGUGUCCUCUAACUUGGACUGGGCUCAGCAUGGCGGCAUUCCAUGAUUUGUGGCCAAUUUUCAAGCUCUCUUUAUCAUCUGGGGUCAUGAUAUGCUUGGAACUAUGGUACAACACUAUAUUGGUGGUACUUACUGGAAACUUAAAGGACGCAAAGGUUGCCAUAGACUCGCUCGCUAUUUGUAUCAAUAUGAAUGGUUGGGAGAUGAUGAUUGCUGUUGGCUUCCUUGCAGGUGCAAGUGUGAGGGUAGCAAACGAGCUGGGCGGCGGGAAUGCAGGUGGUGCAAAAUUUGCAACUAUGGUAGUUUUAUUUACAUCCUUUGCAUUGGGUUGUGUGCUUUGGGUGUUCUUCAUGGUGUUUCGGAAGGAGGUGGCCUACAUAUUUACAGAUGACAAGCAAGUCCGAGAUGCAGUCAUUGACUUGUCAUUUCUCCUAGCCUUCUCUGUCCUUCUCAAUAGUGUCCAACCAGUCCUAUCCGGGGUAGCUAUUGGGGCCGGUUGGCAGUCAACUGUGGCUUAUGUGAACAUCACUUGUUACUACAUCGUUGGGAUUCCCCUUGGAUUGAUACUUGGAUAUUUGUUUGACAAAGGUGUAAAGGGUAUUUGGAUUGGAAUGUUAUGUGGUACAGCGGCUCAGACCCUGGUUUUGGCUUUCAUAACAUAUAGGACGGAUUGGAAUAAGCAGGUUGAGAAUUCAAGAGAAAGAGUGGAUAAGUGGUAUAUGCCAUCCACAAAGGCCGAGCCUUCUGCAUCCAAUGGAAAUGUUGCCGGCCAGCAGAAUGCUUAGUAGGGGCUUGGAAGGACCUCGACAUGGGUGCAAUUAUCUGUAAAACAUGAGCCCACUUCCCAAACUUAGUUUUUAUUGUGCUUGCACGUCAAUUUAAACGUUGCAAAUUGUUAGUAUUUUUGCUUUGGAAGUGAAAGGUGGCAAUAAAUAAUGCAAAUAAAAAAAUUUGUGCAACUA